GCUUUUCCAGAGUCACCUUUCAAUUACAUAUCGUUAACUUCAAAGGCUCCCCCAGAUUUGGCAUCUAAGCGUCAGCCUUUUUCAGCUCUCAAAUAUACUCCUCCAGUUUCCGUGCUGCGGUUGUUCCGGUAUUUAUUCCAUCUGAAUCACUAG